UUCCAUUAAGUUUUAAAGGUUUAUUCUGAAAACAUUUUAGACUUAUUUCAAAAUCUCUAAAAUACUUUUUUAUUUCCCUCAAUUUUUUUCAUUCAUUCCUCUUACCUUAUUUUGAACCCUAAUUUUCGAUACUCCACGGCCAAUGCAUCAGAACUCUCCACUACUGAAUUUGGCCUCACCACCGUCAUUUCUCACCCUAAUUCUUCCGCAACUAUACCGUAGGACACACUUCAAUCCCCUCAUAUUUUCGUUUUUUUCUUCUUGUUCCUCGAAUAUGUAUGAUGCGAAGAUCUCCACAGUUCAGAUGCACCUGGUGAGUUUAAUGCCUUGCACACUAUUUUCGUUUCUGUUGGAAUCGAUGAUAGGGAGAACGUUUUAGUGUCCCUCUUCGGCCUCGUUUGUGUGAUGCAGAUUUCUAGGGUUAAGGUUUAUUCUAUUCUCAUUCUCCCGCUUCCACAAUUAUUUUUGUAAUUAGUUUCACGGUAUGACUUUUCUGAAACGAAGCUCUCAAGUGCGAGUGGGAGUAAGAGGAGGGAAGGGAAAACUCUGGAGGUGUUAUGGUUUCGAAACAAUGGUGAGUGUAAAGAUGGAUGAUAAAAGAAAAUCAGAAAUUGAGGGUGAGUGGGGGUGGCUGGUGGGGCCUAAUGAUGUUGUGAUUUCUUAUCUUUUUGGUCGUCCAAUCCUUUCAAUUCAUGAAUUGGUUUGAAGGAGACUUUGUUGGAAGACUAUGAUCAGAGCAACAGACAAUGGUAGCGUCCUUGCUGGCACGCCUCUAACCACGCACUUGAUGGCCCACUGUGCCAUUUUUCCGGUGAGUUGCACCUUCAUGAGUUGGUGGUGCGCCGCCGAAUGAGGAGCUCCGGAAAGUGGGGUCUCGCGGUGGCCAUGGUGAAGGAGUUUGAGAAGCAGUGUGGGACCUCAAUUGCGAAGCUGAGACAGGUGGCUGAUGCCAUGGACAUUGAGAUGCACGCGGGUCUUGCUUCUGAAGGUGGCAGCAAGCUCAAGAUGUUGAUUACCUUCGUCGAUAAUCUCCCUUCUAGAGAUGAGAAAGGAUUCUUUUAUGCGUUAGACCUUGGUGGCACAAACUUCAGAACACUUCGUGUGCAAUUAGGUGGGAAAGAGAAAGGUGUUGUGAACCUAGAGUCUGAAGAAGUUUCCAUUCCUCCUCAUUUGAUGACUGGUUCCUCACAUGAACUGUUUGAUUUCAUCGCUGAUAAACUUGCAAAGUUUGUUAGUUCUGAGCCUGAAGAGUUUCACCCUGCCCCUGGUAAACAAAGGGAACUGGGUUUUACCUUCUCUUUUCCAGUGAGACAAACAUCAAAUUCAUCUGGGACUCUAAUAAAGUGGACCAAGGGUUUCAAUAUUGAGGAUGCGGUUGGAGAAGAUGUGGUGGGUGAAUUAAACAAAGCCUUCAAAAAAAUGGAAGUUUACUAAAUCUUAUUUAGCUAUUAUCUGGUACAAGUUUACUUUGACAUAUAUUGGUGACAAAGCAAUAUUCACAAGUCAUGCAGAAAUUUCAGUCUUGAUUUUUAUUGGCUGAGAUAGACUAUUGAUUAGGCAUUGAAAAUGUUGAAUGACGGUUACCAAAGUUUACUGCGACGCAAGCCAGGUUACUAAUUUGGUUCAUUUGACUUUAUUGGCCUUUCUUUAGUCAUUUUUGAAUGUAAGUAAUCAAUCUACAACACUUAUUCUACUCCU